AUGACGGAUACAAAGUUAUCACAAACUGAUCUUCCAAAAGACAUCAAUACUUGUACAAUAUUACAAGAUACAGAAAUAAAAAGAACUGAAAGUAUGACGGGUAAUUUACCACAAAUGUCGUCAAUAUCGGAUUCAAAAAGUGAUGAUGGAUCAGUAACUGGUUAUGAUGAUAUGGAAAUGGAUGAAACGGAACAAUAG